UCUCUCUCUCUCUCUCUCUCUCUCGCUCUGUCUCUCUGCGGAAUGCGCACUACACUUGUGAGUGGGCAGAAAGCCGGGCGUCACAGAGAAAUCGAGGUCUCCUCUCGCUCAGUCCUUGCUUGAGUGCUCAGGUUUCGGCAGAGUGCCUUGAGAAUCGCUUUUACCCAGUUUUUCAUUUUAAAAAGCUUUCUAUUGAGACCUUAAAGAUCGUUUGAACCCUUUCUCCACACUAUUCAAGGGUUGAAUAGCUUUUUAUUACUCUCAAAGAGAGUGUUAGCCCCGAGGCGUUGACUCUGUGAGUGCACAUUUAUUUCGUCCAGGAAAAUGGCAAAGGAUGAUAAGAAGAACGCGUGGAAGGAGUUCUUCUGGAACCCGAGAACGCGCGAGUUCUGCGGGAGGACCGCGAGCAGUUGGGGUCUGAUCCUGUUGUUUUAUCUGGCAUUCUACAUUUUCCUGGCUGGAUUAUUUGCUCUCACCAUGUACGUAAUGCUGCAGACGCUCGAUGACUACAGACCAACAUACCAAGAUAGACUUUCAACUCCAGGGAUGAUGAUCAGACCUAAAGGAGACCAGCUGGAGAUCGCUUACACCGUGGAGCACACAGAGACCUGGGAAAGAUACGUCCAAGCCCUCAAUAACUUCCUCUCACCCUACAACGGCACACUCCAGGCCCAAAAGAAUUAUGAAUGUAAACCGGAUAAGUACUUCAUCCAGGAGGACAGUGGCAACUUGAAAAACUUCCCAAAGCGUUCCUGCCAGUUCAAUCGCACCAUAUUGGAGAAUUGCUCUGGGAUCGCAGAUAAUUACUAUGGUUACAAAGAUGGCAAGCCCUGCAUUAUCAUCAAGUUUAACCGUGUGAUUGGUCUUUUGCCUGCUGAGGAAGGGCAGCCUCUUUAUGUUACAUGUGGUGCUAAGAAAUACAAAGUUGGGAAAGAUGAGUGGGCAGAUGACACAGAUAAACUUGGUGAACUGGAGUACUAUCCCCCAAAUGGCACCUUUGACCUUAUGUACUACCCAUACUAUGGCAAGAAAGCCCAGGUGAACUACUCUCAGCCUCUAGUGGCCGUUAAGUUCCUCAACAUCACCAAGAAUGAGGACGUCAAUGUGGAGUGCAAAAUCAACGCUAACAACAUCCCUGAGGGAAGUGAACGAGACAAGUUUGCUGGGCGCAUUUCCUUCAAACUGAGGAUCAACUCCAAAGAUUAAACAAGCGAAAGUGUGUUCCAUUUCUUUUACACACAGUCACACACACACACACACACACAUACACAAGUCCUCCCCAUCUAAAAGAGUGUAGGAUUAUGCACAGAAGGCACAGCUAGAUAAACCGGACAAAGCAAUCCUCAGCACAGACAGAGAAGAGAAAUACUUCAGCAUUUCAAGAGUAUUUGAGUUAGCAAUGAAGUGUGUGUACAUCAGUGUCUGUGUGUGUGUGUUUGCAUGUGUGAGCUGAGGUACACUCUUAAAAAUUAAGGUGCUUAA